GGGUUCCUCUUCUAUUAUGAAUCCCAACUCCUACGUUCCAUCGGCAGCAAAUCCAUCUAUUAUGAAUAUCACCAGAGGGCUGUGGAUUACAAAAUCUCAAUCUACAUGGAAAUCAAAUGAAUGGCUUAUUACCAAGGUCUUUGGUGAAUUGUCACAUGUUAGAGGUUCUAGACGUUGGCAACAACAACAUAAGUGAUACAUUCCCUCAUUGGUUGGAAUCUCUACCACAACUUCAAGUGCUUGUCUUAAGGUCCAACAAGUUCCACGGUUUUGUGCAGAGCACCAAAGAAAGUCCAUCUUUUCCCAAGUUGCGAGUUCUGGACCUCUCCAGCAAUUAUUUUGUUGGUGCUUUGCCUGUUUGGUACAUUGAAAAUUUUAAUGCGAUGAUGGACCCUCAUAGAGACGGUGGUUCCCCUGAAUACAUGAAGGUGUCGACGGGAGCCAAUUCUUAUCAAUAUUCACUGGUUGUGACAUGGAAGGGAUUCGACUAUGAGCUGCAUGGAAUCUUGACCAUAUUCAGCAGUAUUCAUCUCUCAAAUAACAAGUUUGAGGGAGAAAUUCCAGAUGUUAUUGGAAAGCUUAGUUCUCUCAAAGGGCUUAAUCUUUCUCAUAACAACCUUACUGGUCAGAUCCCACCGUCACUAGGGAAUUUGACGAAUCUGGAAUGGUUGGAUCUCUCUUCCAACAAGCUGGCGGGGAAAAUUCCUGAUGAAUUGGUAUAUUUGACACAACUCUCUGUAUUGAAUCUUUCAAAUAAUCAUCUUGUCGGCCUCAUACCACAGGGCAGUCAGUUCAACACCUUUGGAAAUGAUUCUUAUAAAGGAAACCCUGGACUGUGUGGAAUUCCAUUAUCAAAAUCUUGUGAUGGAAAUGGGACACAGCCGAGCUCCUUCCAAGAAAAAGAUGAGUUGUGGAGAUUUGGCUGGAGAGUUGUAGUGUUAGGCUAUGGAUGUGGAGUUGUUUUUGGACUGCUGAUGGGAUAUCUUGUCUUCCGAACAGGGAAACCAAAAUGGUUUGUGUCUUUGUUUGAUGGGCGACAAAGUCAAAGUGGAAGGAAGAUGAGGAAAGCCAGAAGACUUGUUCAAAGAAGAAGCUAGUUGCAGCAGAGUUGAUGUUUUGGAGCUUCUGAUUUAAUGUUUACUGAAUAAGUGCUUUUCGGGUUUGAAGUUCUUGUUAUGGCUGGCAUUGGCUUGUCUAAAAUUGUCUGCCUUCUCUUGUCUUUAUUAUGCUUUGUAAUUUUAUCUUUCUUUAUUGUAAAAUAUAUUUGAAGGUUUAAG